UUAUCCCUUUCUCUCCUCCCCUCUAUCUCUCCGUCUCUCGUCUUUCUUCCAGACCCAAACCAGGCGGGUCUGGACGGAGGAGGCGUCGGGUCCCGCAGGCUUCGAACCGCCUACACCAACACGCAGCUCCUGGAGCUGGAGAAGGAGUUCCACUUCAACAAGUACCUGUGUCGGCCCCGGCGGGUGGAGAUCGCCGCCCUGCUGGACCUGACGGAGCGCCAGGUCAAAGUCUGGUUCCAGAACCGCCGCAUGAAACACAAACGGCAGACCACGCACCACCGGGAGGGCGGGGCCGGCACCGAGUCCGGCGACCCCGGCCCGUUCGAGCCGCUGGAAGGCGCCGACGCAUCCUCUCCGUACUCCAGUCAGCCGCUGGAGGCCUCGGGGACUGGCGGAGCCUCCUCGGAAGGAGAACCGGGGAGCUGUCACUCAUCCUCCGCCUACGCUCAUGACAACGCGGACAAUGCACAGCCCACGCCGGAGGACGGAGGUGGUGUGAGCCGACCCGAGCCUCCCGCUCUGCCCCCGGCCUCCUGCUCCUCCUCCUCCGACUCCGCCGCGACCCACCGCCCUUCUCCGGCCUUUACGCCGACGCGCGCAGCGGAGCUCCCCGUCAGGACGACGCAGCUCGACGAGGCCUCGCGCGGCGCUCCGCUCGCGGCGGCGGGAGCCGGAGCCGCUCCCGUGCCCGAUCACUCCUUCUCGGAGCAGCAGGACUCCUCCGUCAGCGCUUCCUCCUCCUCCUCUCUGCCCGACUUGAAUUUCUUCGGCGGGGAGUCCUGCCUGCAGAUCUCCGACGGUCUGUCUCCGAGCCUGCGGAGCUCCCUGGACAGCCCGGUGGACUUCUCCGAGGAGGACUUCGACCUCUUCACCAGCACGCUCUGCACAAUAGACCUGCAGCACCUCAACUUCUGAAGCCGGCGCGGGGAGCACCAAGCACGGCUCGUGCAGACCAGACGACACGUGGGGAAACGUAACGGAGGAAUGCGUCACGGAAACAUUCCUGAAACAUUUCGCCAAUGAAAAUUAUUAUUUUUAUUUUUUUUUGGUGAUCUUUUUUUCCCCUUUUUUUUUUAAAUUUUAUUUUUCUUGAUGGAUAACGUUGUUUAGGACAGCCCGAGAAAAAAAGGCCCGUUUUUUUCUUUUUAAAUCCUCGUUGGGAAAUAAACAGAAAUGAAAAAUAAGUUUACCCGUUUGAAAUACUCUGGACUUCUCUCUCCCCUGCCCACAUUUCAGGUAUUUACCUCCUUUUCUCUCCUUUUAUUAGAAAUACCCACUAGAGUUCCCAGCGUCCAGUUCUUCGGUUGUCUUAAUAACUUCUCAGGAACUGUUGUGCAGGAAAAGAAAGAGGGGAUGAAGGAGGGCAGACGGAAGGCUUAGACCCUACUUUAUUUAUUCAGAUUCUUUAAUAGCGAAAAUAAAAGUCAAAUUAUUUAUUGUACAUUAUUUUCAUAGCGGAAAUGAUAAUAAAAAAAAUCACACAAACGUUUAUAA